AUGUUGACAACAUUUUUGAAUGAAAAAGUUGUAACAUUCACAACUCGACCACAAGUCAUUCAGUUUUCAUCAUUAAAUUCUAAAAAUACAACAGCCACGACAACAAAUAUGGACGAAGCACAAGUUCAAAGUCAAUCAAGUAAUCAGACACAGCAAGAAGCUGAUGUUUUACCUGUGAAAUCAGAAAUAUUGAAUUAUGCCACCAAGUUACAGAACGUUAAAGCUAAAUGCAAUAGCUGUAAUCGUGAGAUUACAUCCAAAGAUCGUUCUACAUCUAGUCUAUGUCGGCAUUUACGCCGUUUAGCAUGUAGAUCACUUACAUCUGAAUAUGCAUUUAGUGUAGCUUGGUAUGUUGGACGAAAAAAAGAUGUAGAUUGA